UCCUCGGUGCGCCCGAGUGCGCCGCCUGUCCUUUAAAUUCCUUACAGCCUGCUUCUUGCGUUUUUGUUUUUUUUCUCUCUUGUCCCCUCAAUCUCAACGCGGAAGUCGGUGACGCAUCACUACACACAGCUGCUCAGAGGAGACAAUGAAAUAAAUAAAUCGUCGUCAUUUCGUACCAACGCAGUGGGUGGUGCGAGCGAGGAGUCAAAGUUUGGACCAUCAUGCCCUUUGCUCUGGGAGCAAUACAGGAAGUGUGUGUGUGAGUGACCCUUGGUAGGCUUUGCUGGGAUGAACAUGCCACUGCACCAAAUCUCUGUCAUCCCUCGUGAUGUCACCUCAUCGCGGAUGUCAGGCAGUGGGAAAGCCAAGGACAAGGAUAAGCAGAAUGAAAAGCCUCUGGGUCAUUCAGCAAGCAGGUCUAGCAAUAUAUCAAAGGCAGGGAGCCCAACUUCAGUCAACGCUCCAUGCAGUUUCUCAAGGACAUCAGUUUCCCCCUCCAGCCAGGACAUCUGCAGCAGCCAGGAUCAGGACAUUCACAAGCAGACGACCGUGGUUCUGUUAAACUCUAAUGGUAAAACCUGUCAAGGUUCAGGUGUUUCGGUGACCACCCUCUGCACAGACACGCUGCCAGUCUCCAAGCACACCAAACAGCGAGACUGGAUGUCUCUGCUCCGUCCGACUUCUUCUGUCAACAUCCGACCUAACAGCUCACUCAGGUUUUCGCUCUCUCUGAAUGAUGUGGGCCAGCGCAUGGACAGUCUUUGCCGCGGUCUGCACUUUAUAGACCGCACAUGCUCUGAGGGAGAACUGGAUGUGGAGCCCGAGCCUGCUCAGCAUCCUGGCUCAGAGCAAAGGGCGCACACUCUCAACGGCAAGCUGGUCGCAGCCCUCCCACACCAUAUUCCAAGUGCUCCCUCCUCAACACGCACCCAACCCCACCUCGUCCCCUCCUUCACCAACAACUACAAAUACAUGCUGGGCAUCCAUUCCACUGGUUGUCUCUCAUCUGACCCUGCUGCCAUCAAUCCUCCACUUUCAAACAACCACCUCCAGCCUCCUCCCGCCUCAGGCUCCAGCUUCCUCCGUCUUCUCCUUCCCUUCUCUCGAUCCUCCACAUCAGCCAGCCUACAAUGCUCUGAGCUGGGCAGCUACGCCUCCCACCUCCACAUCACUAAGUCCUCUAGCGGACUGCUGGAAGGCACCGAGUCAGGUUUCCCCUCCCAGGAUCCACUGGCAGAUGACGAUGUAUUUGAAGUGGAUCGGCUCAGAUCAGCUCCACAGGGAACAGGCAAGCUGGCAUCCCCAGAAACAGUCACUGCGGCUAUGCCAGGUGCUCUGCUAGCCCCUUUGUGCUAUAUGGAUGAAGACAGUGACCUGGAAUGCUGUUCAUCCCCAUUGUCAGAGAAAACUGGGCCACAGUCACUAUUGUCGUUAUCUGGGGACUGCUGCAGGAUUUGUCACUGUGAAGGGGAUGACGAGAGUCCUCUGAUCACACCAUGCCACUGCACAGGGAGCCUGCGCUUCGUCCACCAGGGCUGUCUGCAGCAGUGGAUCAAGAGUUCUGACACCCGCUGCUGCGAGCUCUGUAAAUAUGAGUUCAUCAUGGAGACUAAGCUCAAACCACUGCGGAAGUGGGAGAAGCUACAGAUGACAGCGAGUGAGAGGAGGAAGAUCAUGUGUUCGGUCACCUUCCAUGUCAUCGCCAUCACCUGUGUGGUGUGGUCGCUCUACGUUCUUAUCGACAGAACAGCAGAUGAAAUCAGACUAGCCGGAAGAAUCCCAGGAAUCCUGGAAUGGCCUUUCUGGACCAAGCUUGUGGUGGUGGCCAUCGGCUUUACAGGGGGACUGGUUUUCAUGUACGUCCAGUGCAAAGUCUACAUCCAUCUAUGGAAGAGACUCAAGGCUUACAACCGGGUCAUAUAUGUGCAGAACCGGCCAGACACGUGUAAAAAGCAAGUGCUGGAGAAGCCGCCUCUCAUGGAGCCAAGUCUGGAGAACAAAGAGGCACUGGUCCCCACCCAGUCAGACACAAACUCCUCCCAGUACACAGAGACAGAGGACUACAGCAUGGAGGUGCUUCAUGUUUGAAACCAGGUCCAUUUAAUUUGUUGUCCUACUCAUGCACACACAAACAGGCCCACAGUGAAGAGUAGCAGUCGUGGAAAUGCUCAGUGGCAUCCUUUACCCUCCGAUCCCAGAUUGAAUCACCAUCCCCCUCUGACUUGAUCUUCUCCCGUUCACCCGUCACACCUUCUACUCUCUUCCAUCUGCAUCCUCAAUCAACACUCAUCUUUUCUUUCCCUGGAUGGGAUUGUUUGUACCGACUUCUAAUAAAUGUCAGGAGAGGCCUGGAGCUCUACAUACACUCCUAUAUGUAUACCUCCAGAUGAGCAAGACUGAGACAGGCUCAGAAACAGCUCUGGAGGUCAACAGAUUUUUCUGUUUGUUUGUUUAUGGCUUGUGGGUUUGUUAGAAUUGUUCGUUCUUACCUCUUUGUGAGGCUUGGGUUAAGCUGGAUCAAUGUAGCGCCAUGCAUCAGAUCUCUGGAACCUUCCAGAUACUGCCAUCUUUUUCGCUGUGGUCUACCAGCUCUGUGCCGGUUUGGGUCUGACUAGGCCUUGAUCUGGACAUGCAUCGAAGCACUUUCAUUUUACCCCCUUCCUUUCUCUAGUCCCUUUUUUGUUUUUUUCUUUAGUAUGACCUUAAUCAUGUAUGAUGUUCAUGGGGGAGAUCACAACAAAAUGCACACUCACAAAUUACCCCUCCCCUGGAUGGCAAAAAAGGAAUUGGGGUUAAAAAGGGUGAAAAUGCACUGAAAGCAACAGAAAGGGUAAGCUGUGAUCAGCCACAUGACUCCUCGACCCCAACCUGGACUUUCUGAAGGCUUUGAGAAUGUAUCUUUUUUUUUUUUUUUUAAUAAAUGAAAAAAGAAAACAAAAUAUAAAAGAAGUACUUGUUUGUUUUUUGUUUUUGGUGGAGGAGGGGGGUUGUGUUUUUUUUUUUGUUUGUUUGUUUUUUACUGGUAACAUGAAAUUAUUAAAGUAAUUUCCAUGUCUUGAGAAGGUUGCUCUUUGUGUUUCCUAUCCUGCGAAUGACACAGUAUUUACAGCGUGAUGUCCUGUGUGCAGUUUUUAGAAUGUUUAUAUGUUUGUUUGGUCAUGAGACAUACAUGCCUUGUGAAAUCCACAGCUUCCUGUUUUCAGUUUUGUCCUUUUGCCGCUCCCACUGCGCAGCCGGUGAAUCUAAAUAAACCUUUACAAACCACUUUGAUUAUGAAAACAGACAGAUUGUAACUUAAAAUUUGCCACGUUCUGCUCUGCAGAUCAGGACUUGCAUACUCAAAAUCCAUCUUUAUCUUGAUUCAGCAGUAGUUAGACCUGAUUUUCAGAUGCAACAUGGAAGAGAAUUUCAGACAGAGGUCACAGAUUCACUGUGGUUGCCUUGUUUAUUUCUUUUUCCCCCCAGAUUCUCUCACAUGGAUGCAGAUCUAUUUUGGUAUUUUGUCACAAGACAGCCGGCAUGUUGCCGCUCAUUUGUUUCUCUCACAUCUGACCUCAUGUGGCUCAAAAAAGGUGAUUUUUAUAUUGGUGUACUAGACAUCCGUAGAUUUACUGCCUGUGAUAAAAACUGCUUAUGUCAUUGCUUGGUAAUGAGCUGACUGGAUCGCCACCUGCUGGUGAGAAGCUUAAGGUGCAAUCUGAGACAGGCAGAGGCUGAUUUCUCAGGGCAACGCAUUUUCAGGCUUACAUUCAUUGUAAGUGCUUUUGUUUUUGUGGGAACACAGUGAUUGCUGGGCUCAUGUUGAGCGUCACAGCCAUUUCAGUGGCACUCAAGUUUUUAAAACCUGUCUUUGAUACCAGUAUACUGUCUGUGAACAAUGAUCCAAUAAUAUACCUGAUAAUUACUGCUCGGCAGCAGCAAUAAAGAAAAACAGCGCUUUGUUUUUGUGAAAAUGCAUUCUGUAUUUGUGUAUGCCCAUUGGUGAUUUGAGUUCAGGCUUCAUUUUAAUCCAUAAUAUGAGCUGAAGGAGUUGUUGUGUGUCAAGCUGGAUUAAAACCUAGUAACAAGAAGCUUCUCUGAAACUUCAAUACCCUGAAAGGCUCAGUGCAGUUAGACAGAUAAAAAAAGUGCAAUUACCCUUUUGUUGUUAUUCUAUUCUGCAGUAAUGUACUGGUGUUUAAUGGCCAUUGGUUUCCUCUGGAUAAAAAAAAAAAAAUCUUUAUUUUUGUGUUGUAUUUAUUUUUAACAGAAAACAGAACAAUUUAAUUUGAAAUCCCCUUUCUUUAGCAAUUUUAUGCAAUUUACACUUAGUUUCCUCCCACAGUCGUAAAUUUGAGUAAUAUUGCCUCCAUUCACUGUUUUGAACUUAGUGAUUUAGAUAUUAGAAGUGUAACUAGUUCUGAUACCCAACCUUAAUGUGGAUCUCUGCUCUUUGUUCUCAGUAUUUAAAUGAAUUGCAACUAUGGCAAAAACCACAGAGUUAAAUUUUGAACUUCUUUAAGAAAUGGCAACAACUAUGAAUACAGGCACAGUUUCCCAGAAAUGGAAGAUAAAAUGAACUUAAAUCCUUUUUUCUUUCACCUCCUGUAAAUUUUCAACUCACAGGAGCUGGCUCCUUUCACGAGGUCUAACCGAGAGGUUUUGAUGAUGUGCUUAGGAUAAAGAUUAAGGUCACUUUAGGAUGCAAAUUCUCAAGUGUAGCCUUUUUCAUUUUCUUUACUUUAGAUCAGCCAGUUUCUCAAACAUGCAUUAAACCAAGUCUUUAACUAAAAAAAAUAACCUAAUGAAGAUCUCCACCAGACAGAUUUUGCAUCUACUAAUCCUGAUCUAUAUCUGGGAAACUAAGCCUUCCGUUCUGCCAUCGCCCACUUACUUAAAAUGAUUUUCUCAGUCUUGGCAUUUCUGUUUCAGCUCUAGAUUUUUUUCUUUUACCAAGUUGCUUUAAUUUGAUCAUGUCUGGGACUAGUGUAAUUGCAUAAAAGCUACAUUUGUUUACUACUGACUGGACUUGAACAUAUAUGACUGUUCCUCUGUCUGAUAUCAUUCCACGAGUUUGUCUGUGAAUUUGCUUUGACAUAGUAACUGUAAAGAAUUUGGUAAAAGUAAUUAUGUUUUUAAGAGAAAUAUUGAUGUGUUUUCAGUUCAUUUCCCAUGUUUGAACAAAUAUGUAGAAUUAAAAAGAACCAAAUAAAAUUAAGUUACUUUUAA